GAGGCAGGAGGAGGGGCGGGCCCGGCGCGGCUGCCCGGCCGGCUGCUGGAGGCCCGGGGCCGGGCCCGCGCCGCGAUGGCCCUGGUGACCCUGCAGCGCUCUCCCACGCCCAGCGCCGCAUCGUCCUCCGCCAGCAACAGCGAGGUGAGCCCGGCCGCGCCCUCCCGCAAGUUGGAGGCUGGCAGCGAUGAGGAACGGAAGUUGAACCUCAGCUUGAGCGAGAGCUUUUUCAUGGUGAAAGGAGCCGCGCUCUUCCUGCAGCAGGGGAACAGCGCUCAGGGCCAGCGGAGUCUUCAGCACCCUCACAAGCAUGCAGGUGAUCUGCCUCAGCACCUUCAAGUGAUGAUCAACCUCCUUCGCUGUGAAGACAGAAUCAAGCUGGCCGUGCGUCUUGAGAGCGUCUGGACCGACCGUGUCCGCUACAUGGUUGUGGUGUACACCAGCGGGCGCCAGGACACCGAGGAGAACAUUUUGCUGGGAGUUGACUUUUCCAGUAAGGAGAGCAAAAGCUGCACCAUUGGGAUGGUUCUUCGCCUGUGGAGCGACACCAAGAUCCACCUUGAUGGGGAUGGUGGGUUCAGUGUGAGCACAGCCGGCAGGAUGCACGUCUUCAAGCCCGUGUCUGUCCAGGCCAUGUGGUCUGCCCUCCAAGUGCUUCACAAGGCCUGUGAAGUGGCACGGAGGCACAACUACUUCCCUGGUGGGGUGGCGCUCAUCUGGGCCACCUACUAUGAGAGCUGCAUUGGCUCUGAGCAGACCUGCAUCAAUGAGUGGAAUGCCAUGCAGGAUCUGGAGUCCACGAGACCCGACUCCCCAGCCCUGUUUGUGGACAAGCCAACUGAGGGGGAAAGAACUGAGCGUCUCAUUAAAGCCAAGCUCCGGAGCAUCAUGAUGAGCCAGGACCUUGAAAAUGUGACUUCUAAGGAAAUCCGCAAUGAGCUGGAGAAGCAAAUGAACUGCAACCUGAAAGAAUUCAAGGAGUUCAUCGAUAACGAGAUGCUGCUCAUCUUGGGCCAGAUGGACAAGCCCUCCCUUAUCUUCGACCAUCUUUAUCUUGGUUCCGAGUGGAAUGCAUCCAAUCUGGAAGAGCUGCAGGGCUCAGGGGUUGACUACAUUUUAAAUGUCACUAGAGAAAUAGACAAUUUUUUCCCUGGCUUAUUUGCAUACCAUAACAUCCGGGUCUACGAUGAGGAGACCACAGACCUUCUCGCCCACUGGAACGAAGCCUAUCAUUUUAUAAACAAAGCAAAAAGAAAUCAUUCCAAGUGCCUGGUCCAUUGCAAAAUGGGCGUCAGCCGAUCUGCAUCCACGGUCAUAGCCUAUGCGAUGAAGGAAUUUGGCUGGCCCCUGGAGAAAGCGUAUAACUAUGUGAAGCAGAAGCGUAGCAUCACACGGCCCAACGCAGGCUUUAUGAGGCAGCUGUCUGAGUACGAAGGCAUCCUGGAUGCAAGUAAGCAGCGGCACAACAAGCUGUGGCGCCAGCAGCCUGCAGAUGACCCUGCAGCAGAGCCCAGCGAGCUCUUGCCAGAGACCCUGGAUGAUGCCCUGGACACCCGGCUGCCGUGCUUGGAUGACACCACCCAGCCCGGGCUUGCAGGAAGCCAGGCCCCAGGAGGACCCUCUCUCCCUUGUUGUUUCCGAAGACUCUCAGAUCCCCUCCUCCUCCCCCAUCACGAUGCCGCAGGCAGCCUGGUCCACCUAGAGGAUCUGGAGCGGGAUGCUCUGCUGGAGGACGCCGCUCAGCCAGUGGAGGUGCACAAACUGGUCCAGCAUUCCCAAGAAGGAGCCAGGCACUGUGAGAAGGAUGUAAAGAGGAAGCUAGACUUCUGGAGCCCCAAAGCCAGCAGUGGCUCCUUGCCUCAGGCGGGGGAGAUAGAGAAGAAGUGUGACCAGAGAGCUGGGAGGUGGAGGCGGGCCUCCACCCAGCUUGACCAGGAAAACCUAAACAAUAACAACAGCAAGAGGAGCUGCCCCGAUGACUUCGAGCACGAUGCUGUGUUUGGAAUCCUCAGUAAAGUGAAGCCUCCCUACACAUCCUGUGCUGGCUGCAUGUACCCUGCUGGCGGGGCUCCUGAGGCCUCCACAGAACGGCACGAAGACCCCAGUGCUCCCACCAUCUGCACCCAGCCAGCCUUCCUGCCCCAUGGCGCAUCUUCCCCAAUGGCCCACACGAGCUGCAGGUCCCAAGCUCCAGAGAGGCUGGCCUCUGGUCCAGCCAGCGCUCCUCCAUUCCUACUACCAGCAGGCUCAAGGAAGCCAGACAUCAGUGGCUCUGGAACUGGGGCUUCCCCAGAACCACCAGCAAGCCUUCUAGAGCCUUCCAGAGAAACCUCAAAAAUCCUUCCAAAGUCCCUCCUGUUGAAGAAUUCUCACUGUGAUAAGAACACCACCAACAUGGAAGCAAUGAAGAAAGAAUUGUCAACUAAGAAAGAAACGAAGCCAGCUAAGGACCUGAGGCUUCUGUUCAGUAAUGAGGCAGAGAAGCCAAGCACCAAUAGCUACCUGAUGCAGCAUCAGGAGUCCAUCAUCCAGCUGCAGAAGGCGGGCCUCGUUCGAAAGCACACCAAAGAACUAGAGAGGUUGAAGAGCCUGCCUUCAGACCUACCGUCUACCUGCAGGGACAGUGCCACCAGCAGGCUGGAGGCUAGCAUCCCUGAGGAGGGCCAGGAGCCUGGACACCUAGCCCUGUGCAGCCAAGCAGAGGCUGAUGAGAAACCUCCAGAAGGAGCCUUGGUGAAGAGCCCGACUCCUACCCUCCUCCGCCUAGAUCACACCAGUAACUUCUCAAAAGACUUCCUGAAGACCGUGUGCUACACCCCCACCUCCUCCUCCAUGAGUUCCAACCUGACCCGGAGCUCCAGCAGUGACAGCAUCCACAGUAUCCGAGGAAAGCCAGGCCUUGUGAAGCAGCGGGCGCAGGAGAUCGAGACGCGACUCCGGCUGGCGGGUCUCACUGUGUCAUCCCCACUGAAACGUUCCCACUCCCUCGCCAAGCUGGGAAGUCUCAACUUCUCCACGGAGGACCUGUCCAGUGAAGCUGACACUUCCACCAUCGCCGACUCGCAGGAUGCCAAGUACGGUCACUCUUCCUUCUUGCACGAACCACAGGCCACUCCGAGGGACCCUACUGCAGCCUGUAAACCAUCAGGGAAAUCUGUCCCAGAAAACUUGAGAAGCUGAGCAGCAUUCCGCCAUGCAGGCUGAGGUUCCUGGUCACACACGUCACACACGUCUUGAUUUGCGUUAGCUUCGGUCAUCCAGGCUUUCCUCACUCUUGCCAAAGAGCAGGGGGACAAAGACGUAACACCGCACACAUGAGGGAGACCCAGAACGGGCUUGGGCGGCCUGGAGACGCAGCCAGGAGACAGCACUGAGCCUCAAGCCCUGUCUGUGGGAGAUUUGGACACCCAGGCUGGGCCUGUGUCUUGGCUGUUAGAGUCUUGCCCACCAUGCACCAUGCCCUAGGUUUCAUCCCCAGCACCCCAUGAAACCAGGCAUGGUAGGACACCCCUAUAAUCCCAUUACUGGAGUUGGAGGCGUUUGGAAGUUCGAAGUCAUUCUCAGCUAUGUAGUGAGUUUAGACCAGCCUGGUGGAGAGAAGUCUGUACAUACAAAAUAUUUUAAUGUGCAGCCUGUGAGAGAACAGCUGUGGUAAUGUCGCUGCAGCCCAUGUCCCCAGCUCGUCCCCAGCUCGUUCCUGCCCUCAAGGGAGAAUUCUCAGAUAACAACACAAGUUCUACCUCUGUUCUCACUGUGUGUUUUGUUUUUAAAAUAGUAAUGACCAAGGCUCGUUCUGAGGAACAAUGCUGUGUCUGAAAAGGGUUUUUCCAAGAGAAUCGUGGGGGGAUUGGAGGGUGAGGUCCCCCCAAAGUGUCAAGACUUUGAACCUGACCAUCCCAGGUACAGUUGUGUGACAUCAUCAGAGGAAAGCACCGAGUGGCAGUCGUCUGUGUGACCCUCCGUCCUGGCACCUACGGUGGGGAUGUGGGGCCCUCAGUCAGCUUCUAGCAUCGAGCUUCCAUCACUCAGUCAUGAGGAAGGACUCCAGGCAUCGCUGAGCCACGUCUGCUGCUAACAAGACAUUGUUAUGUUUGGGAUUGGGACGAGCUCUUGUCCAUGAGGUUGUGGGUCUGGGGUGUGGAUCGUCCUACUGAGACACUGUGACCAUCCCCCGCCCUCUCACACCAGGCUUGUUAGGUGCCAUCUCUACAUCCAGUGAGAGGAAGGUCAUGUCAGUAAUAAGAUACUCUUGGAGGCCCUCUCCAGGACCGUUGGAGUAGUGGGUCUGGUGACAAAGCCUCAGAUGUUUGCAUGCAUCUCUUCCUGCAGGGCGAGUACUCCCUCCUGUCCAAAUGAUGCUCCCAUACGGGCCACAACACAGGUGUUAGCACAGGUUAGCUCAAUGCAGCAGGAGGCCAGGGCUCUGGGUCCAAAUCAGGCACCUUAACUGGUGCCCAUAAAGAAGACAGUGACAGCAGGAUGCCGGGAGGGAGGGAGGGCCUAGUUUGGUGAUUGGCAGACUAGGAGGUGCCACCCUGUGUGCUGAGCAUGACUUCUCUGAUUUAUUUUGUUUCUGCUAUGGAAAUGGUGUAUUGGGGGUUUGGGUUUUUUGAGUUGGUUUUUUUUUUUCUGCGUAGCCCUUGGUGUCCUGGAACUCACUCUGCAGACCAGGUUCACCUAGAACUUAGAGAGAUCCUCCCGCCUCUGCCUCCCAGAGUGCCCCUCCUAGGGUUAAAGACUCGCACCACCAUCACCUGGCUUUUUUUUUUUUUAAUUUCAGAUAAGGUUUUACUAUGUAGCUUUGCCUGUCAUGGCACUUUGGAACUUGCUAUGUAGACUGUAAGCCUCAAACUCAGCAAGGCUCUCCUGCCUCUGCCUCUCGAGUUUACCUUUUUUUUUUUUUUGGUAGAAUCCAAUUGUGCAACCCAAACUGGCCUCAGACUCCAAGAUGCCAAGAUUACAGGUCUGAUCCUAUCCUGCCCCAGGUUUGGUUUUUACAUUUUGAAGCGUUUGUCAAGAGAUAGAUGAAGCUGUUGGCAGUGGCGUGGGCUUGUGAUCUUGCAUCAGGAGACUGAGGGCUGAGGCAGGUCCUUCAUGAGUGAAAGGCCAACCUGGACCACAAAGUGACCCUACCUCAAAAAUAGUAGCCCUGACAGGGACGAUGUCACCUGACUCAGGCAUCUCCGCAGGCCCUCCAGCUUGCAGACUGAUCAUCUGAUGCCUCAGGACCAGGUGUGGUACUGCAGGGAGACAUUGGAAGGCUUCCUUUGCUUCUUGGAUGUCACAGACCAGAUACUUCCUCCUCAUGCCCCAAACUAUGCCAGCCUUUCCCGUUACCACUUGUGCAGAUGGAGUCCCUGUGGCCACGACCACAGCUCUGUCCUGCAGUUGGCUGGUUCAGCCAGCUAGCUAAGCAAGACCACAAAGCCUUCAAGGACUGCCCGUGCCCUGAAAGUGGAUGGAUUGGAGUUAGUGCGGCUCCCAAAACGCCCAUCCUGGAGAAUAGCCAGCUCAUCCCCAGGAACAAGGCUAGUCUCAUCGGUGCAGGGUCUUCAUGAGCCUCUAUCUCAGAGAUUCUCCCCAGCAGGAUCUAAAAAAAAAAAAAAGACAUGUAUGUUGGUUUUGCUUGUUUGUUUGUUUUUUGGUUUUGGUUUUUCGACACAGGGUUUCUCUGUGGUUUUGGAGCCUGUCCUGGAACUAGCUCUUGUAGACCAGGUUGGUCUCGAACUCACAGAGAUCUGCCUGCCUCUGCCUCCCAAGUGCUGGGAUUAAAGGCGUGCGCCACCACCGCCCGGUUGUAUGUUGUUUUAUAGGUAUUUGUUUUCCUACCAAUGUCAAUGGUAAGCACCUUAAAAAGUGAUUAUCCACUACUUAUUCCUGAGACCCUAUAGGCUUCUCCAUAUUCCUCCAGCCAACAAAAGCAAACUUUGAAAAAGACCAACUUUAACAGAUGUCUCCAAGUUUAAUUUUGCGUGGUGGAUCAAUUUUUAUGUCAACGUAAUUCCUUAGCUUUGGUAAUGAUAGAUUUCCACCGGAUCUCUAAUCCCGUCUGUAAGGGUGGCAGGAUUCUGAAAACCACAAUUUGUCCUUUUCUGUUCAAAGAAUAAGAACAGGAGGAUGAUCAACUCAAUGGGCCUUUGACUUCAGGCAAACUGAUGUCUCUUUUAGAAGCACUGGCAUAUCAGCCAGCAGGGGGCUGCCGCCCUGUGUCGUCCCCCUCCCCAAGUCACCAGAAUGAGACCCUGGCUUGAUGGCUUUCGCUUUGGCUGGAGGGUUCAAGCUAUCGGUUGUCACGGUGGAUUGGCAUCUAAUCUAAAGGGUUCUGUGGAAUUAUCCUGCCAAACCAGGCUCACCUCCGCAGUGACAACUACACAUUGUCUUAUGAAAAGUUUGUUCCAGCCAGGCUUGGUGGCACACACCUUUAACCUCUGCAGAGGCAGGUGGAUUACUGAGUCCAGGGCUACAGAGACCCUGACCAAAAACGUUUGCUUUGUGAGCUACUCAUCCAUGCCUGGCUAAUGCUCUGUGUAUAAUCUUAGCAAAUUAUGCACACACAGAAGAGGCACAUGGGGCAAGCAGAGGGAUUUGUGCAGCGUAAGCCACUGCUGAAUUGAAUUGUCUUCAUUGAAUGAAGAGCUUUCCCCCUAGCUGGAUGCCCUAGAUUCUCAGCUACCCUCCUUGUUUCUGCUCACCUGCAUAGCCUCCCAACAGCUUGAACCUUGUGGUGGCCUCGCCUUUCCUCAACCCAGAAGGCUUCUUGAAGUGUAAGGGAGAUGGAUACUAGAUAGAGGGGGUGGGCAGUUGAGGUGCCUGAUUACAUGAGCUAAGAGCAAGGUGUCCUCUGCAUCCCCAGCCCUGUUGUCCUCGGUAGGGAGACCCCUGCCAAUUACACAGGGCGCAUCCCUGUGGCUCAGCCAUGCAGAUACUCACAGGUACCUGGAGAGCUGCGCUUCUCUAGCAGAAUAUCCAGCCCUGCUAAUCUAAAGCCCUUCCCUCUGUCCCAUAGAAGCCCAGAGGGUGCUGCAGAAUGGAGCCAAGUUUGGCACAUACAACCCCAUCAGGGUAAAUACAUUUUACCUGUGACAUGGCACAGAAUCACCUGACCUGGUUCCCAUCCCGAGUUCCUGCUGAUGAUAAAGACCAAUGAAGGUCAUUGAUGUUUCCCUGUCCAUAGCCCCCUGUUUUGUUAUUGUUGGGCGUGAGAGUCCACUCUGCAUGCAUGUAUGUACAUACGUUUUUGUGUGUAUACCUUAUAUAUUCGUUGUGUGUUUGUGUGUGUGUACCCGAUCAAACCCAGUGUGUGGCAUUUCUCUCAUCGCAUACUGUGUCCUCUAGCUAUGCAGUAAGUCACCCUAGACUCACCUGCAGUGAUGCCACCAGGGGCCAUCUGGAGAAGGGUGACCACCUUGUCUGUCCCUUUUGCAGUAGACACCACCGUCCCUGCAGUCCCUGUCUUCGGCAGGAGUCCUGACUGUGCAGCCUCUGCUGCCCUGGCUGUUGGCCUUGCUGCAUGAGAAGAUAGCUGCCUCCUCUACACUGUAAUUAUUGUUUUACAAUCGAGUGCCUUAAUAAUCGUUUACAAAUACUGUGUAUUUAUGCGCAACUGUUCAGCUCUCAUCUGUUGUGGCUGGGUACUCUGUCAUGUCCUGGUGGUUGAGAUUAGGACUUGAGUUCCUCUCCCCCCAUUAUGUUUAUUCUGCUAUGCAGUUGACAUUUGUGGUUUGUGACUACAGAGCCUGCCAGAAAUGGCACUGUUGAGCUCCUGCAGGCCAGGUUGGCGUCAGCAAACACCACAGCCCAUGGUAGCCAAUGAAAGUGUGAUUGGUUUACCAGGCAUCUGGGAGGUGGUGCAGGCCCUGCAUCCCUGACCCACAGCCUGGUACGUCCCCCUAACCCCUCGCAGUUGAGCUCUGGAUUGUAGAAGUUUGUAAUCCCUAGUCCCCUUCACACCCCUGUUCUCCUGUCCAUAUCUUCAGCUCCUUGCAGCAGAUCCGGGGUGCAGCUCACCCCAGAUGAGCCACACCAGACCACGUCCUUCACCGUCAGAGGCUGCCGCCGGCCCCAUGCGUCACAUCACAACUUUGAUUUUUCUAUUGUUUUUAUAUUAUAUAUUUAAGAGGCAGUAUCUUUUGUACUGUGAAUUUGCAGUAGAAGCAUAGUGCACUUUUUUUUUACUUCUGUUGGUGUGUACUGUAUAUAGUCUGCGUGCUUCUCGUGAUGAAAAUAAACACGUCCUUUAUAAAUGUC